AGAGUUUAUUGCAAUUGUUCUCAUCAAAAUGAGGUUCUCAUUAUUAUUUGUGUUUGUUAUUGUCGUUGGAAUAUAUAGUUAUAUCUUGUGUGAGGCUAGAGAGCCUGUAUGUUCAAAAUUUGCAUACGAAGAACAGCUUUUAGAGAAAAUGAUUAGAACUGAAAUUAAGGUAGAAACAAUGGUGAAUGAAAUUAAGAAAACUGAGGAUAAUGUCAUCAGUACAUUAGGUAACAUUAAACAAACAGUUGCUGAUUUUACGGACAUGUUUGCAGAUAUGAGAGGGAACAUAACGAACGAGAUGUUAAAGAGAGGUGAUGAGAUAAAAAGGAGAGAAGAAUCGUUCAAAACAUUAUUUGAGGAAACAAGAAAGAACCUGACUAGUGGCAACGAGGCUGAAAAAGAGAAACUUAUUCAACUCCAAGGAAACCUCGAACAACCUGCUAUUGCUUUCUAUGCACAUUACUUGAAUGACCUGCUUCUUGAUACUACAGAUGAGAUUCUCAUAUUUAAGAAGACAUUCACUAACGAGGGAACAGGUUACGACACAUCCACGGGAUUGUUCACGGCACCUGUUGGAGGACUGUAUCAGUUUGAUGUUCAUACUUAUAAUAGAAAAUAUUCUUAUCUGGGUCUAGUGAUGGAAGGUGACGUUAUUGCAGCAGAUGCUAACUAUGGUGAUGCUAAUCAUGGCUGUAAUAAUUUUGGAGCAAUAAUAAGAUUAAAAUCAGGGGCAAAAGUUUGGAUCAAAUCCACAUCGUCAGCUUCUAAUCGCCAGUUAUAUCAAGACUCAUAUAGGUUCAACACAUUUAGUGGACUGCUAGUGAAUAACUGA